CAGGUGGAUUCAAUGUAGCGAGGUGGGAAGUAGCAGUGGCAGCGGCGGUAGCGAGUAAAGCGAUAGCGACCGAGCGGAGCGGCUCCGGCCGGGCAGUUUUUUUUUUGCCCCGGGGGGAGCCAGCAUGUCUUUGUUGGCGCAGAGCCAGAAGUGGUACCCAACCCAUGUCAAGGUGGUGGUGAUCCAGGCCAGGGGGCUGCGGAGCAAGGGUAAGAAUGGCACCAAUGACGCCUAUGCCAUCAUGCAGCUGGGCAAAGAGAAGUACUCGAGCUCGGUGGCGGAGAAGAGCGGCGCUCCGCUGUGGCGGGAGGAGGCGGAGUUCGAGCUGCCCGUGCUCCAUUCGGGCAACGCGGAGAAGAGCACCCUCUACCUCAUUGUCAUGCACCGGGCCCUGGUGGGGCUGGACAAGUUCCUGGGGCAGGUGACCAUCAACCUGAGUGAGCUGUACGAAAGUAAGACCAGGAACAAAGCGGGGUGGUACAAGCUGCAAUCAAAGGCUGGAAAGAAGGAGAAGGAAAGAGGGGAAAUCGAGGCAGACUUCCAGUUUGUGCGCAACAACAUGACGGCCAGCAUGUUUGACCUGUCGAUGAAGGACAAGUCCCGAUCGACUCUGGGGAGGCUGAAGGACAAACUGAAGGGGAAGAAGAAAGACGGCUUCUCUGAUUCUGCGUCCGCCAUCGUUCCAAGCAUCAGCAGCCCGGGCAACAGCGAUGACGAGGCAGCGACACCCGACAAGAAGAAGAAAUCCAAACUAAAGUUGUUGUUUCCCAAGUCCAACCUGCACCGAACGUCCCUUUCUCAGUCCAUGUCUGUUAUACCCACUGCUCCCUCCUCUCCACCUGGAAGCUCAAAGAGAGCCAAGAACUCCGGCAGCGAAGACUUCACUGAAAUACAGCUGCAUGACUCUGAAGAGGAAAGCUCCAACAAGACCCUGUCCGUACCAAAGAUGAUGAGCCACAAGAGGGCGGCCAGCGCCGACACCAAGCAGCUGAGCUUUGCCUCGGCCGGGAACAUGAGGAAGGACUCCCUGUCGCUGUUUGGCGGUCUGAAACCCAAGGGCGACCCCGUGUCCCAGUCUAACCUCUGCAUUAACGGCAGCCACGUCUACACGAAAGAGCCAAGCCAAGCCGCGCCUGUGAAACCGAGGGCCGACUCCAAGCCACUGUACGGCACCCAGUUUUACACCUCUGCUGAGGAUUUGACGGGCAGGUUCUCUGCAGACCCGCCCGAGACCAGCAGCCCGCGUUCCCCUUCCCGAUCGUCAUUGGGCACCGGUUCUGGUGAGCAGGGGCCCAAAGUGGCAGCUGUGCCAGACACCCGGGUGUCGGGGGGCACCAGUGACUUGACCAAUCCCCAAAAAUCGGACGGGCCAAAGGAGGGGAAGGAAAGCAAGCCUGGAGGCUUGUCGGCCUCGAGCGCUGGAAAGAAGGGGAUGGAGCAAAAGACUGAAACCAGCGGUGCCUCUGGCGCGGACAGCAAGUCGCUCAACCCCUUUGAAAAUGACCAGGAUGCGGAAGAAGCGACAGCUCAACCUGGGCCCAAGCCCAGCGUGUCUAAAACCGAGGCGGUGACCAAAAAGGAGGAGACCAAGAGAGGCGGCUUGAUGUCCUUCUUCCCCAGAAAAGCAGAACCGGCCAAAGCUCCUGAGGCGAAAGAAUCGGGCAACCCAUUUGAAGAGAACACCAAGGAGGUGAAGAAACCCACGGGUACUUCGGUGUGGUCGAGCAGGACAGCAGCUGUGAAACCCAAAUUGGAGGUGUCUCCGAAGGCUGAAACCAAAGCCGAAACGUUGUCACCUUUAGUACCUCCCUCCCCUCCCCUCGUUUCGGCUUUAACCGAACCCUUUAGCUCAGCUCCUCCUCUGGUAGUGGUGGGAACUGAAGGGGCGAGGAACUCUAACUAUGCCAAUCUCCAAGUGGCCUGUAGCCCACCUGCCAUGUUUCUGGACGCCCAAUCUACGCACGCCUCGGUAAACGCCAUGCACAAGUCAUCGGCAUCGCCACCGUCUCCCGUGAAGGAAUUGGACCCCAGCCACUUGCCCCCCCUUCCAAGUUCCAGCUCCUCCUCAUGCUCUUCGAGGUCUUCGAACACUGAAGCAAGUGGCUCCUCCACAACAGAGCUCGCUGGGGACAAAGCUCAGGGGGUGAGAACCCCGAGGAGGGAGAGCAGCAGGACAUCUGCUCAGGCUCUGCUUCAGGAGCUGACCGGGAAGAGCUCCACCACAAAUGUCAACCAGCAGCCACCACCCAACGGAGAGAGAGCCUCUGCCGGGGAGAUUAAGGACUAUGAAGGUUUAUCUGGAGACUGGAGGCUGGAAGCAAACCCGGAAUGUAAGUCGGAAAGCAGUGAGGCACGUGAGCUGGCGGCCGGUGAACUUCAGACCCUACCUGGGAAGCCUGAGCUUGCUGACUCCCCAGGCGAUGUAACCGUGGAACCGAAACCUUUGCUCCACCUUCUGCCCUCCCUCCCAUCAGAGACUCGUGUUCCUAGCGACCCGCCCAAAGUGCCACCGAGGAAUCGCGCGCCUACCUCCGAGGGCAAGUUGAAUCUGGGACCGCUGGCCGCUGAGGUGUGGAAGGUGCCGCCUAUUCCAGCGCCGAGGAAUGUUGCUAGAGUUAUUGCUAAUGACGAUUCGCCGCGUUCCCCUCAGGAAAUACCGAGUGACGACUUGAUGUCUUUUGAGAGGGAUGCUAACUACAGCCUGGAACCGUUAACCGUACCCUCUGAGAUUGGAGGUACCGAUUUCGCUUUGGGAGUGGGGGAUCCUGCCAAUGAUUCCUCAGCCAGCAGUCCAAAGGAAAAUGACCCGAGUGCCACAUCGGUUGGGUUUGAAGAACAAACUUCCGCUAUUUCCGCACGCGAUGCGUCCGAGGGUGAAGCUGAUGAUUAUCCAGUCACGGAAGGGGAAAGCCAUUCCGUUGUACAUCCUGGUGGCCUGCCGCUUAUCCCCGAAAAGGUGGAAGACUCCACAGGAGGCGGCCAUACGGCACCCACAACUGAGACUGCAAGGUGGCUGGAAUCUCCACUGUCUCUGUCUGAACCUGCCGCUGGUGUUCUCUCUCAGGAAAUGCAAGACCACACUCCUCCUCCUCCUUCUCCUCCUCCCCCUGACCCAAAACCCGAUCUGGUCAAAAACCUAACCGCUGACUCGGAACAUCUGGGUGCUUCGCAGCUGAAGACAACGGAAGAAAUCGCAGGCAGCGACUCCGGGCUGCGGGAACCAUCAGUCAGCAGACCUGAAACAGAUGACGCGAUGAUCACCCUGGAGAAGAGGAGGAAAUCUUUUGAUCAGAUCCCAACGCUUGUUGACAAAAGCGGAAGGUCGCAAAUAUCCACGAAGGCCCAGAAAGGCCCUGAUGAUCUGGUGAUCAAACUGGAUUCCUCAGGUCUUUGCCACAGCGUGUCACACUCUUUGCAGAACAAUUCCAUCUUGGACUUGAGUGAAGAAUCUUCCGAUGAACACAAGCCGGAGAUGUCCAAAAGCUCAGUUGCGGUUCCUCCCCUUUCCACCAUAGUUUUCCCUCUGCCUUCGGCCUCUCCUGCUGGGCCUUGCGUUUCUCUGCUACCUCGAUCUUUGUCUCCACCGCCUUUCUCCCAGUCCACGCCACCUGUGACUGAUGCCAUUUGCUUGGUAAAGCCAUCAGCAGGGAAUUCACCUGAAGUGGAACACUCUGGCCAGAAGAGGCUGCUUCAGGCUCGAGUUUCGCCCACGGAGACACAACCAAUUCAGUCACAAAGCAGUGGGUCAGCAGUCUCUUCCAGACGCAGACCUCAUCCUGUGAAGCCCAUGAGCGCUGCCAAGACCAGGACGCAUGAGGCGAGCUCCAAGGAUAUUCUGAAAACCAGCAUCAAGGCUGCAGAUGCUCCGGUGCCCAAAUCUUCAACCGGACACUUGUUGGGCCUCAGUGAAAGUCAAACCCUUCUCAAGGGCUAUGAUCCAUCCGAUCCUGCUGCUGCGUACGCACAGCUUACACACGACGAGCUGAUCCAGCUGGUUCUGAAGCAGAAAGAUGUCAUCUCCAAGAAGGACUGCCACGUCCGAGAGCUGGAGAGUUACAUCGACAACCUGCUGGUCCGGGUGAUGGAGGAAACCCCCAACAUCCUGCGUGUUUCAUACCAGCCCAACAGGAAGGCCGAGCGAGUGUGACGGACAAGUGGGGGGGGGUGGUGGUGGUGGGGUUGGGGGGGUGCUGGGGAAAGAGGCCGUGUAGUGAAGAGGAAGCUGACGUCAGCCGUGCUGCUACCUGAAUAUUGACAGAUGACGCUUUGUAACUGGCCCAGGGAUUGCAGAGUGAUUUAUUCCCUUCAGGGGAAAACAGGUUUCUGACCUGGAGCUUCCGCUGUGUUGCCUGUGUGGGGUUUAAUUUUUGGUUCAGUGCGUUUUUUGUUUUCAAAUCUCCCCUCCGCCCCCCAACUCUCUAAGUGCUGGCUGGACUCUCGGAGAAAACGGUUCCGGGUGACAGAACAGUCGGAGCUCCCGUCGCUCUCUCUAAUCGUGCUUUUGGGGCUUAAAAUGGUUUGUUUGGUUGGGUGAAGCCUCAGACUUGAGUAGAUGGCACCGGGCGGUCAAGGAGAAAGGAAUUGAUUUGACUGAGCUUGGUCCUUUCUCACCUACCACCGCACCCCCACUGAGCUUGGUCCUUUCUCACCUAACACCCCCCCCCCCACCCCCCCAACCUCCCAAACCACCUGUCUUUACAAAAAUCAAAUGCCCACCCUGCCCAUUUGUAAAACUCCUUUGAGAAUCACCCCCACCCCCUGCUGAACUCUGAAUUCCCUCUAGUUUUCACUUGCUGCAGCGAACGUGCGAGUGCACCCUGCCACCAAGCAGGAGUGUGUGUGUGCGUGUGUGUAGACUAGCGAACGGAAUGCACACUGAUCGUCCCCCAUCGCCCUAGGCACGAUGAGGCCACCAUGUUGUGAGACCUCCCUGCCCCUCGUCGGUACGCAAUUUCUGACACAGUGCUGGGCCUUUGUGCCAAAAAAUAAAUCUGAUGUGCCGCAGAUUAUUAGCCCUAAGGGAGGGAAGCCGUGAGGCCACAUUGUAAACGUUGGGUUUGGUACCCUUACCGGUUGUUGGUGUCUCGUGUGUGUUAAGGGCUGUUUAAAGCUCAACUAUCCACCACGUAGUGGUUAACGUUGAACUGAGAAGCAAUUGCCUAAUGUGAAGUGGGAGGGUUUGGCCAAACUAUAUUUUGUAAUAUCAGUUUGGAAAGUUAAUGAUGUGACGCUCGACACAAAAAUUGAUAUUUCUUUAAUUGACUUUUUAAUUCCAC